AUGGAAGAACCGGAGUGGAUGCAGGAGGAGGUGCCUGCAGCGAAGCGCACAGGAGGCCACCACCCAGUGCAGGAAGGAGAGGUGUUCAACAUGAGAUACCAGGCUCUGCACAAGCUGGGCUGCGGGGCCUUCGCCACAGUUUGGCUGUGCCAUGACACGAGGAGGAAGAAACACGUAGCUGUGAAGGUCCCCAGGAGCGGGGAAAGCUUUGCUGAGGCUGCCCAGGACGAGGUCGCUCUCCUUCGAUGUGUCAGCAGUAUGAAGAAGAAGGAUCGGGCAGGAGAGAACAUUGUCUGUUUAUUAGACGACUUCAGAAUGAUGGGAGAGAAUGGCUUCCAUAUUUGCUUGGUAUUUGAAGUGCUGGGUCCUUCUCUGAGAAGUCUGAUGGGUAACUAUGCAGACCAGGGCCUUCCUUUGCCUUUUGUGAAAAAAUCUUUGCAGCAGGUGCUAGCUGGCCUGCACUUCCUGCACAAAUGCUGUCGGAUUAUUCAUACAGACAUCAAACCGGAAAACAUUUUGCUGUAUGCAGGUGACAAGACCCUCCAAAAGUUUCUGUAUGAUAUCGUUGACUCUAGCCAGAGGACAGAUUUGGGGCUAAAGGGACCAGGAGGUGAUCUUGGCAAUCGACUGGAACAUUCUGAUUUAAUGAGUAUAGAAGUGAAAAUCGCAGACCUGGGUAGUGCGUGCUGGACAUACAAGCCUUUUUCAAAGGAGAUCCAGACCCAACCAUACCGUGCCCUGGAAGUGCUGCUUGGGUUAGGCUAUGGCACUCCUGCAGAUAUCUGGAGCACAGGCUGCCUGGCAUUUGAAAUGGCAACUGGACAGUGUCUAUUUGAUCCUCGACCUGGGAAAUAUUUCUCCAGAGAUGAUGAUCACGUUGCUCUUAUUAUUGAACUCCUGGGCAGAAUUCCUCCCCAAAUAGCUCUCUCUUGGAAGAAGUCGACAAAAUUUUUCAGCAGACCAGGUGCUCUUCUGCGGAUCUCUAGGCUUCUGCCCCGCAGCCUCUGCGGCGUCCUGGUGGAGAGGCACAACUGGACAGAACAGGAGGUGACGCCGUUCACCAGCUUCCUCCUGCCAACGCUGGAGUACGCGCCGGAGAAACGGGCCACGGCGGCGCAGUGCCUGCAGCAUGCGUGGCUCGGCGCCCCGCACCCCUUCCCCGCGGGGGCCCCGACCGCGCCGCCGUAAACCCCCGCGAAUUCACCGGGGCGGAGGGACGAGCGGGCACCGAGCGGGCACCGAGCGGCUCCAUCGGCCCCUCGCCGCCCUCGGCC